UUACGUUAAAUUAAMCCCCAAGUUGCCCCAAAUGACUCUCAAUUUUUAUUCAUUCGGUUUGUAUAAUUUUUUUGGUAUUGUUACCGUCAUGUUGGUACCACAAUUUUUUCCAUAACCUCUAAACUUGUGUUUAUUUAACUAAAAACAGCCCCAAAAUGGCUAAUAUGGUUCAUUGCCAGCUAUGGAUGGGCAGUUUGGAGCCCUACAUGACCGAAACUUUCAUCAUCUCAGCCUUCCGUAAAAUGGGCGAAAGCCCCCUUAACGUGAAAGUAAUGCGUAACAAAUUCACCGGUGAGGCCGCCGGCUACUGUUUCGUCCAUUUCGCCAACGACGAGGAGGCUAUCGACGCGAUGCACAAACUCAAUGGAAAACCCAUCCCGGGGACCACCCCCGUGGUGCGCUUCCGCCUCAACAACGCGAGCAACACGGGGCGCACGCUCCUCGACCGCGAAUUCUCGGUCUGGGUGGGCGAUUUGAGCCCCGAUGUCGACGACUACAACCUCUACAGAGUCUUCUCAUCAAAAUACAACACGAUCAAAACGGCGAAAGUGAUCCUAGACAGCAGRGGCUUCAGUAAAGGCUACGGUUUCGUSCGCUUCGGRAGCGAGGACGAGAUGAGAGACAGUCUGACCACGAUGAACGGGUAUGUGGGGCUCGGGACCAAAGCCCUGAAAAUUUGCAACGCAGUCCCGAAGCCCAAGGGGGCCCUCACGACGGGGACUCCCUCGGCGACGAGUACCACGUCGACGUACACAGCGGCUGAUUAUAGCCAGUUUUAUGACCCCUCGACUUAUUGGCAAAAUUACGCCAAUUGGCAACAGGGUUACUACGAUCAAGGUGAUGGGACUGGUCAUGAAGCCUACGAUAUGUCAAAUGUCAUGAUGGAGAAAAAAGAAGAGGAUUUACUUGAGUUAAUUGACCAUUCGCUUCCCCUUGAUGUCGAUAAAAUCAAUCGCGAACGUAUCGAGCAAGAUUGUAAUCUUUGGGAUGCCCUUGAGAGUUCUAAGUGGCUACCGUGUGAGGCAUUAGAAGUCAACUGACGUUAAUUUAAUUACAAAUUAAUUAUCAAUUAA